CGCGUGACGACGACGACGCGCGCGAGUGCGUGGUGACGAGCAUCGUCGUCGACGUCUGCAUCCGUCCAUCGGGCUUCGCGGCGACGCGCGCCGCGCCGGGAAACGUGCGAAUCGUCGUCCAACGAUCCGCGUCAGGUCGUUGAAGAGAAAGGCACGUCAACCGGGCGAUUGAAUCGCGCGCGCGAGCGACAGCGUCACGGACGGUGGUCGUGAUGACGAAGACGACGCCGGUAAUCAUGGAGACGGUGAACGCGACGAAAGUGGCGCCAACGACGACGCACACGACGAAAACGAAGGCGCAAAAGGCGCGGAAAACGACACAGACACAGAGGCAGACGCAGUCGCCGGCGACGGGGAAGCGACGACGAGGAAGACCACCGACGAGCACGAAGCGAGUGAUGAUCAACGAUGACUUGGGACAAAUGAGAAUCGGCGCGAUGUUACCGAUGGGAAUACCAGGGAUGUCCACGCCUCUAACGAACGCCAUGAUGGCGUCGGCGGCGGCGGCCUACGCCAGUCAGUUACAAGCGGCGUUUAGCGCUUCGACGAGCUUUUACGCGCCGCACGCGGGAGCGUUUCGGUCGAGUGCAGACGUGACGGUGAACGUGAAUGAAACGUGCGCGACGGAUGAUAACACGUCGAUGAGAAAUCAUUACUUCGCUUCACCGAACGGGGAUCCUGUGAGCGCGGCCGCGACGUUCGCGCACAGAAUGAUGAUGUAUCAACGCACCGCCUACGGAACGCUCGGUCAAUACUACGCCUCCGAGGCACGUGCGAUCCGCGAUGCGCGAGGGACGUACGCCCAGUCGCACAUGAACCAAACAACGAAUCGAAAUGCGGCGCAGCUUGUCGCUGCGGGCGAGUGUGCUAGAGGACGCGCCUCGAUCGCGGGCGUCGAUGGUGGCAAAGGAGAGCCCAGCGCGUCACAGAAGCAAUGGCCGAUCGUUCCUCAGGUAUCGACUGCUAUUUGCCCUCCUAAGAGUGAUCUCGUUCGAUCAACGCCACCGGGCGCGUUCGGUCGUCCUCAAGCGGUGAAUGCGGGCGUACAGGAAGCGUCUGCGGCGAAAACAAAGGCGAAGAAGGCGGCUGAAGAGAAUGCGAGCGGCAAUGAAGACUCGCGGUCGUCCCGAGACGACCCUGAAGCCGCAGCUGCGGCUGCUGAGGCGGUGGUGAAGCGCGUCAACGAAGCGAAAGCGCUUUUAGAUCCAUCGGCGGAGUUAUAUCGCGGCGAACACGCAAAACUUCGAUCGCGUGGGCAACGUUCGAGCGCGCCGAGUCCUGAAUCUAGUCUUGGCGCGCCAGUUGCCGACGGACAGCCUGAACACUCCGAGGCGCUUGGAUCGAAAGGUUCGAAGAGUGCCGCUGCUUGA